AUGAAUUUGAAUUACAAAAUAUUUACAAUCUUAUUGCUUUCGUUGAGCACAGCUACAGUGAGUGGCCGUGCAAUUACUCUUGAUGAUCUGUUGCAACUUUCAGACAUUGAAGUAUAUUCAGGUGAUCAGACCCUUGUUCAAGCUACACAGAUGACACUUGAUUCAAUACAGGUGGAAGAAGAUGCUUUCCUAUAUAUCAGAAGUGCAGCUUCACCACCAUGGUUGAUUUUUGAUUCAGAUGAUUUCAGUGUUAAUGUAAAUCAAGAAAUAGAAGUUCAAAAAGGAGCUUACUUGAUAGUCGCUGAUGACUCGCCUAGUGAAACGGAUUAUUCACUUCAUCAAUGGUCUGAUGUUGUUCUAAAUAACGAGGGAUCAAUCUUUGUUCAAGGUUCUUCUCUGAACUACCUUUUGGAUUUUUACGUUGAACCUAAAGAAUUUACAAAUAGUGGUAAAUUUUACAUCAAUAAUGGUUUGGAUGCUAAAAAUUAUUACGCUUCUGGUUGGCUCACUAUUGGUUCUGAAGAUGAUGUAUUUGAAAAUUCGGGUUCGAUAUGUAUUAAUAGAGUUAGUGACAGUCACCAAUAUGCUACCUUGACUGGAGGCGGUUGUGUAGCGAUCAAUACCAUUGGUACUUACAUUAUCAACGAUCCUUAUGAUGCUAAUGAUCAAAUGUAUUACAUGGAUGAAAGCAUUACACUUUUAUUACUUGAUUUAGAUGACGAAUUAAACGAAAAAGAAACACAAACGCUUGAAAUUUAUGGACUUGGUCAAAAAAAUAAUCAAAUCUCUAUUCUCAGUCACAACGAUUUUGAUUCUUACAAUUUCAGUUACAGUGGUGACACUUUAAAAUUUACAACGGAUACUAUGAGUUUUGCAUUCAAAAUAGGAACAGGAUAUGAUGAAUCAAACUUUGUAUUGACAUCUUACUGCUAUGAUAUUUACUGUUAUGGUUACAUUUCUUACAGUGGAAAUGUUACACCUACUAUUCCAUAUGCAUGUCAAUGUACUGAUCAACAACCUGAUUUUCCACAAGAUUUAUGGGAUAAGUUAAUUAAAGGUGAAGUUGAUUUUGAAAGCUCAUCUGAAGCUGAAAGUUCAUCCACUACUGCUCCCGAAAGCUCAUCUGAAGCUGAAAGCUCAUCUGAAGCUGAAAGCUCAUCUGAAGCUGAAAGCUCAUCUGAAGCUGCUCCUGAAAGCUCCUCCGAAGUUAUUCCUGAAAGUUCAACUGAAGCUGAAAGCUCAUCAACUGCUGCUCCUGAAAGCUCCACUGAAGUUAUUCCUGAAAGCUCAUCUGUGGAAGAAAUCUCAUCUGAAGCUGAAAGCUCAUCUCAACUUGAAAGUUCCUCUACCACUGCUCUCGAGAGCUCUGUAUCUGUUCCUGGGGUUACAUCUGAAGUUGAAAUUUCAUCUACCAAUACUCCGGAAAGUUCGUAUGAGGCUGAGAGUUCAUCUGCCGCAGUUUCUGAAAGCUCAUCUAUGAUUGCUCCUGACAGCUCGUCUGAAGCUGAAUUAGAAACAUCAUCUGUAGUAGGAGUAGAAACUUCAGUCGAGCCACCUAUGGAAACGUCAAAUGAAGCAGAAAUAGAGAGUUCUUCAGUUGGAACAUCAUCAGAAUAUGAAGUCACUUCAAUAUUAUCUGAAAUCACUUCACUCCCAACCGAAGAAUACUCUGAAUGGACACUGACAACAACUCAGACAAUCACAUUUUCUGAUGGUAAUGUCUCAACCAGAACAGGUAUCAUAAUUGAUCCAACUGACUCUUAUGGUAAUUGGUAUACCGUUACAUCCUGGUUUGAUGAAGAUCCAAUUUCCACUGCAGUUGAACCACAACUGUCCUCAAGUGAGUCCGUACAUACAUCACAAGAAACUUCUAAUAAUAGUGAACAUGAUACCAUUACAAAUGCUCAUUCUACCACUACUGUUACAACUCCAUGGACUGGUACUCAAGUUACAACAAGAACGAUAACUGGCGAUGAUAUGGAUACCGUUUUAGUAGAAUCACCAGUUGUCACUGCAACUCAAAGCUCUACCUGGACAAAUACUUAUCCAACCUCAUACACCAUCACUGGAGAUUUCACAAAUACUGUUGUAAUUGUAUUACCAACCUCCACUGUUAAUGACGGUAAUGAUGACUAUACUGAAACUACCACCAGUACAAGUGCUACCCUUUCGGAAGCACAUUCAGAUUGGUCGUACACCACUACUAUUGUUAUUACUGAACCUGAUGGAAGCCUUGAAACUAAGACUGCCAUAGUGGUAGAUCCUCAGAACUCUGAAGGUGAAUGGUACACUUACACUAGUUUCUUGGAUGAACCUAAUGAUACCAUGACAAAUGCUCAUUCUACCACUACUGUUACAACUCCAUGGACUGGUACUCAAGUUACAACAAGAACGAUAACUGGCGAUGAUAUGGAUACCGUUUUAGUAGAAUCACCAGUUGUCACUGCAACUCAAAGCUCUACCUGGACAAAUACUUAUCCAACCUCAUACACCAUCACUGGAGAUUUCACAAAUACUGUUGUAAUUGUAUUACCAACCUCCACUGUUGAUGAAGAUAAUGAUUCCCAUAAUGAUGGCUCUGAUAAUGCUACUGUAGUUUUCACAACUGUUUUCACUACAGUUGCUGCUGAUGGUUCAAUUGCAACUGAGACUGGCUACUUCGUUACUGAUGAAGAAGGACAAGUGUCAACCAUAGCUACCUUCUCACCUGAUAUCACUACAUAUACAUCCACUGUUAUUAUAACCUUGGCUCCAAAUCAAGAAACUACCGCAGUUUAUGAAGUCAUUGUUUCAUCUGAUGCACAAGGAAAUGUCAACACUAUUACCAAUGAUAUUUCUGAUAGCCAUAGCACACAGGUAGUCGAUAAUGAUUUGAAUGUUGAAGGUUCUGGUAACAAUUCUGAUAUGAAUGACGCUGAUUCCAAUGAUAUUGUAAAUGGAAACCCUGUAGGUGAUAUUACAAAUGACAAUGUCAUAAACGAUGGAAAUACCAAUAUCACAGGUGAUGAAAAUGUCCAAUCCAACCAAGGUGAUUCUAAUAAUGUCGAAUAUGUUGCAAGUGAUGGAGCUGGCUCUAAUGCUGUCAACAAUGCUAAUGAUGGAGCUGGUAGUAACGAAGUUGCCGCAGAUGUGGUAAAUGAUAACAAUAAUCCUGGUUACGUUAAUUCUGGUAACAACGCUAACAACGCUAACAACGCUAACAACGCUAACAACGCUAACAACGCUAACAACGCUAACAACGCUAACAACGCUGAUAACAACGUUAACAAUAAUGUUAAUUACAACGCUGACAACAACGCUGGCAACAACGUUAACAAUAAUGUUAAUUACAACGCUGGCAACAACGUUAACAAUAAUGUUAAUUACAACGCUGGCAACAACGCUGACAACAACGCUGACAACAACGCUGACAACAACGCUGACAACAACGCUGACAACAACGCUGACAACAACGCUGACAACAACGCUGACAACAACGCUGACAACAACGCUGACAACGCUAACAACAAUGGUAAUGCUGGCAAUUCAAUUGUUGGUGGUACCGAUGCAGAUUCUAAGGCAGAUUCAGAUUCCACAUUAAAUGAAAACGUUCUGAAUGAAAAGGAAGUGGAAGAAGCUGCAGUAACUGAUCUUAACUUGGUUACAGUUGUAACAACAUUUGCUGAUGGAUCUAUUGUCACCGAAUCAGCUAGGAUUAUCACCACUACAGAUGCCGCUGGUUCUUUAACAACUGAGACCGUGGCCCUUGUGCAUGAUGCCAAUGUUGAUUAUUUCACAACGGUUUCCACAAGUACUCCUAACUUCGUAGAAGAUGCUGUAGAAGAUAAUUCCGAUGUCGCAUCUAACAAUGGUCAAUCCUAUAAGGAUGAACCAGAGUUGGAAGUCGUCCAAAGCCAUAGCUCAGGACAUACAGAAGGCGGUGAAGGCAAUAUGGAAUAUGAAGUUGAAGAAUACGCCAAUGGAGCAAGUACAUUCGCUUCUACCACUGCCUUAAGCAUCAUUUCAGGUUUGAUUUUCAUGCUUAUGAUUUAA